AAUUAUUCCUAUUAUUUUUUGAUAACAUAACGGCUGCAUAUCAACAAGCGAAAUGACUGAAAUUCAUAACGCCGAGUUAACUCAAGAAAUAGUCAUUGGAUCGGUUGCGGCAUGGCUUGAACAGAUAAAUGACUCAGCUUUAAACAUUGAUGUUUCAUUUCAUCGGGACAUUAAUUACAAUUCCAAUCAAGAUUUAACCGCCACCACAAAAAUCGAUAUUCUGAAGGCAGAUGACUUCCGACCAAUGAAACGUGGACAACAUGCGUGGAAAGAAAACGAUCAAAAAAUGAUUCACAGGAUGCAGAAAGAGAAGAAGGCAGUUAGUGUGGAACAAGGAAUUGUCGGUGCUGUAAGAGAAUCAUUGGAAAGCUGGAGAACGUCUUCUUCAUCAGAACGUCCAAGUGCCGAGGAAGGUUCAAUGACCAAAAAAGUUUCGAAUGAGGUGGUGAAGAGAGUUGCAGUCAAAAGAGAGCUUCCAUCUGCUGAAUACCAUUCAGUUCGUUACGAUGAACGGAAUUUGAGUCUUCGAAAAGCACAAGUUGAGCUGAAAACUGCACAAGAAGCUCCAGCUGUUCGAGAGAAAGGAGAUGCAAAUGAUCGAACGGAUAAAGACUGUGUCACUCAUCCACACGAUCUUCAGUCUACGGAAGAACCAACGACCUCUGAUUCAAAUUCACAAGUGUCGGAAGAUAUUCCUCCACCAAAAAAUAAGGAAUCAGGAACACCCCCACUUAAAGAAAAAACUCCUGAACCAAUUCCAGAAGAACCGAAGAAAGUUGAGGAAGAAGUGAAGAAGCCAGAAGUACCAAAGAAUGAAGAGCCGAAAAUGGAGGAACCAGUGAAAGAAGAAGCACCAAAAGUAGAGGAAAAGAAGGAAGAGGUGAAAAUGGUUGAGGACCCAAAAGUAGAAUCACCAUUGGAAGUGAAGAAGAUGAAGAAGAGAAUUCAGAUAAAUGUGAAACGUUAUCCGGAUAGUGGAGAACUGACAAUUCUCACCGAAAAGGAUGGAAUGGUUAGCUUCACGUGUUCAACAAAGCAUCGAAUCAAGAAGAAAUCGAAGAAGGAUGAAGAAUGAUACUAGUUGAUUUGAUAACUGUGGAAAUAAAGUUUUUGGGGCUGUAAA